ACGUUGAACCUUCGUCGAAGUAACAUUGCGGCGAUCGGAUCAGCAAGCCGUAUUAUUCGAUUGUUCGGAAAUAUUUUAUCUUGAUUUUUUAAGUGCCGCAAAUUAAUUCUACGUUCGACACGUACGAUACGUUAAUUCGGAACGUCGCAGAGAUUAUUUUACUUUUAACACAUUUUCAAGUUAAAAUGAUAGAGUGCGAAAUUAUUGUCUGCGUUUAAUAUGUCGAUGCGAUAAAAAUUAUGAAUACGUAAUUUUCAAGAGAAGAAAGGUGAUUGUAAUCGGAGUGAAAAAAUUUGGCGUAAGAAUAUAUAGCUUUAAGAAUAAUGAAUAAUCGCAGAAAGUCGACUCACGGUCGAUGCGUGAUGCUGACAAUUGCUAUCAUUGCGUACAUGUUGGCUGUAUUUGUCAAGACGGGCGAAGGCAAGCCUCACAUCAGGCACCACCGGGACGGCUCGCACUGCAGCAGAUGCGGUCCAGGCUGGGGCGUGAUUAGCCGCUGCGCCCGCGGCCGCGACACCGUGUGCGGAAAGUGUCCCGCCGGCACGUACAGCCCGCAUCACGGCACGCAGCCCUGCUGGAACUGCGCCAGAUGCGGCCCGGGUUUGUACGAGGCGCAUCCGUGUACCACGCGCACCGACACCGUCUGCGACUCCUGUCAUCGCCCGACGCCGGACAAUCCCGAUUAUCGGCGCAAGUGCGAGGGUCGCGCGAGGUUCUUCCUCGCACCGGAGGAUGCUCGGAGCACCGCCGAGGAGAGCGUGCUGGUGAACGAACCGGCGUACCGUUUCCAGCUCAACGACAGGGAGCAGAUACUCGAGAGAGACGUGGAGGCCAUCCUGAGGGACAAAUCGGCCGCUCGAUCGGAGGAUCUAUCGAGAAUCUAAUUACCAUGCGAAUAUUGAUCCUGAAUAAAAUUGUAUUCUUUGUCCAUCGCGGACAAGACGGAAACAAAAGGUUUUUGCAACAGUAUUACUCAGUUGUUACAAGAUUCUCGGAAGGUUGAACUAGGAUACUCAAGAAAUAAGCGGAUCACGCAGAGUAUAAAAUCCGAAGAGUAUAGAUCCGAAAAUAGAGGAUUAGAGGAAUAAUGUAUGUAUGUUCGAUAUCCAUCUUUUUUAAUACUAGUCAAUUAAUAUUUAAGAGAAUUGAUAUUGACUGAGAAGUAGCGUACGAUCUCGGUACAAUGUACGGUUUGCAUUCAAUUGGAAAUUUAUUAUUUUCUGUCUCUCGUUCAUUCAUUAUACACACACAGAGGAAUUCCGAUCAUUCUGCAUCGUACAAUGCAGCACAAAUGGAAAACACUCUCUAUAUGCAAAGUAUAAUUAGCAUAUAAAAAAAUUUCUUUCCUCUUAUGUACGAGUAAACGGUUAUACUUUCAAUAUUUAGAUCUACGUUAUAUGUCAUAAUGAGAUGAAUAUUUAAUGUAAUUCAAUAUUAUCUGUGUGUGGGCGCUAUAGAUUAUUUUGCAACAUCUGUAUCGAAAUUUUUACAUACAGCCAUUCUUGAAUUUUAGGAUAUAUUUUCACGAAAAUUUUCGUGAUUACAUUUUUACGUGCAUUUGAAUAUAUAAAUAUUGCACAUGUCAUAUAUAUAUAUGCAUAGAUUAAACUCGCUGUUACCAUUGACUGACGAGAAGGUCGUACGCUUAUAACUAAUCGAUAUAUUCGAAUCCACGUAAAUGCGGUCUUUCGAAUUUCAUUUGGAAUUAGUACGACGCGUAAUGGCAGAUGUCAAGUCGCAUUUAGUCCUUGAUUGCUAUUUUCCACUUUAUCGAAAAGCAUUUUGGUGUCCGUGGUUACGAAUUCGAUAUUCCUGCCAAAUAUUCGGCAUGUUUUUUGGAUCGAUCACGCAGAUGCGAGCGGUUUAAAGAUACGAGCGAGCGCUGCAAAUUAUGUCUGUGUUGCUAGAUCAAUAUGGCCGUUUACAUUUUUUAACAUUAUUUAUACAUAUACAGUUCUGCUUACGGAUAUAGAUCUCUCUGUAUAUUACACACAAACUUGCGGUGUGAACAAACUUCGAUGUUACAUUUCCAAAGACCUUUCGAUAUCAUUAUGCUCUUAUUUCGUUAGAUAGGUAUAAUAUGCACACAUCUAAUCGAUACGCACGUAUAUUCCAAUUUUAAGGAUAGAUCGGGAUUGCCUCGUUGCAUAUACGGCUUUUUUUUACUCGAGAGAACUAAUUAUAGAUAUCGAUAAACGAGAACGUGCCAAGUUUGAUACGUUUAAGGUGAAAGUUUCGUCGACACGUGUCCUCGUUUGAUUUCAUUGGAUAAUAUAAUGUCGGUUCUCAACAGCGCGUUAAGCUUCCAGAAAUAAUUUUCUCUCAAAACGAGAACGCUGUGGGCCACUUAUCAAAAAUAGAGAAGCCAAAGUAUAUCUAUCUUAUCUUUUGACUUUCAUCCUUUUAAUGGUAUGUCACGAUUGGUCCACAUAAUCCAUGUAGCAGUGUAAUAUUUAAAAUGAAGGAUAAAACAAAUAAGAGGAAAUUAUAAAUAAACUAUUUACAUACGCAAGAUAUUCCAAUAAGUAUCUUACGAACAAAUAUAUUUUCGCAACCAGACAUAUAUCGUUUCUUUUUUAUUUAUUUGACGAUAUUUAUACUUAAUAGCAAUUCGAUGUUGAAUUAUAUCUCAUUAGUUAAUCCUUUCAAGUGUCGCGCAAUUGAUAAAACUGAUAGGACUAGCAAUUCGGCUAUUCGGAAUUGAGUUGACUCUGAUAUCGUUAUACAGUGGCUCGCAUUCUUAGCGUGCAUUUAAAGUUAAACGUGACUCGAUUUUAUCUCUAUAUAUUUUCGUUUUUAUACAUAAAUGUGAAAUUUCAGACUAGACGAUUGUAUUUAACAUUGAGUGAAACGACAAAUACAAAUGAGAUUAUACAAGCCAACAUGGCUUAUUGUCUAAAUCUAGAUAUGUUGAUAAGAUAAUUUACACGCGGAUUUCGCCUACGAGACGAUACAUUGUCCUGCCCGAUAUCACAGAAAAUACUCGAAUAACAUCAAUAUCGAUCGUAUCCAUUGCUGUAUCUGUAUAUCUAAUCAAAUAUUUUGUGUGUUAAUUACCGCGUCUCUCGAAUCAUGAUACGUUCGUUAUUUCAUAUAUUAGCAAAUUUCAUAGUCAAAUAAACACAUGUAUGCGUAACUAAUAAUUGAAUGCCAAGUUACACGCAAUUGGAUAGAUCAGCCAGAUGCGGCAAAUUAUAACGCUAUGAAAGAAAUGUAUCAAAUAAUACUAUUAAUUUAUCUUGAUACUACACUUUUAUGAGUAAGUUGUUUGUAAAUAUGUCAUAAUGAAACACUAUCUAAACAUUUCUAUCGCUUUAUUCAUCAUACCAUUUCGAUCCUUUAUCGUAUAUUUAAUUGUUACGUUCGUAUGGAGAUACAUUUUUCAGGGACAUAACUUUGGAAAAGUUCAUUCAAUAAACAGUAAACAUAGGACGCGUUUCUUGAAUAGAGAUUGUGGCCCCUUUAAUAUAGUUGCUUGUACUUUCAUGUUACAACACUGAUCACAAUAAAUCAACGUUCGCAAUAACUUUGACGAUUAAGUAAAACGAAGCGACACCAUCGAAUAUGUUUGAAUAAAUGGAGGCAAUUGUCGGACUAAUGAGAGAAUCGAGAGAGUCAAACAGAUAUAAAAUAAAUCGGUGAUUUUCUCUUCACUCCGAGAGGAAGAAAGAACGUUUAUAGGAUAUGUGAUGGGAAUCGUUAGAAUCAUACUUGGAAGAGAAAGAAAAAUGUAAACAAAUGUACGCGCUAUGGGAGACUAAAAAUUGCUUUCGCAUAACGAGAUUAAAAUACAUAUUUUGAACUUUCUUAAAGUUGUCUUAAAGCUUUUUCAAGCUCGGAAUUUGAAGGAUCGAAGGGUGAAUUUGUAAUAAAAAAAGUAAGUAUAUUCGAACAAUGUAUAUAGUUAGAACAAAAAAAAAAAAAUCCGUUACACAAUAUUCGCUGCGAGAACGCCAAGAGAAAUAACAGCCAAACUCAGCUGGAGAUCAAGAUCAAUGUACGUCCAUUAAUUCUAAUUCGAGUUUAAAAUCACGGCGGUCAGGAGCCAACAACAGCCACGAUACAAUUCAUGCGUAUGCUAUACGAAGAAAUAAAUACAAUCUCGAUAAUUAUAAAAGAACGAAAAAUCGAAAUCUACCACGAAUAUCAUCAUACGAUACAUCCGGCUCGUUCUUCACAGAUAAUUACUCUUCUACUCGCCGACUGUUUUUUUUUCUUUUCUUUUUUUGGAAGGCAGGGAAGUUGGUUCACAAUAGAGAGGGUCUACUGUUAAAUUCCUACAAUUCCUUUAAAUUUCUCCUUUAAAUCUGUACACGAUUAGACCGCAAUGAAGAGGAGACAACGACAGAGGAUGACCACGCGAGAAGAUAUUUCGUGGGACACGCGAAAAACACUCCCUUUAAUUUCUCUCGCGAUCAAAGAAAAAAAUAUUCUUAAGAUAUUAUACAUUCGAAUAUCCGAAUGUUGAAAUAUCCCGAUGAUAUCGCGAAAUAAUCUUGAAAUAGAAGGAGAUAGGCUCUACAACAAUUUAAUGCAAUAAAACGCGCAUAAAAGCUUAGGAAGUUUUUGAUAUUACGUCGCUUUCUGCAUCUGACUUUGCGAGUAUAUUCAGUUGGCCAACUAAUCCCGUAAAUUCUACAGUAGGCGUAACAAUGAAAAUUACACGAGUAGUACCAUUCGAGAUAUUCGAAUUACGAAUAUUCGAUUGUACGUUGCAUUCGAAUAUCGAAUCGUACCGACAUUGAUUGCUUCGAUCGCCGGUUGAUCGGAUCGCAUCGCUGUAUAAUAAUCUAACAACUGUGUAUCGUCACACACAUUUCUCUCUUAAUACAUAAUCCGUAUAUUUAUAAUAUAUAUGAAGGUAUGUAUAUAUAUUUAUAUUGUAUAUAUAUUAACGUAACUUUCAUUUGAAUGUGAAACGGCCCGCACACGAUUCAUCAAUUCGCAUAAUUUUUUUGCAUAAUGUUUAUCUAAUGUGAUUUGAUUUUAACAUUGCUAACAGCUUCAACUUCAUUCAUUCGUGUACGCAAUAAUCUUUUAAAGCAUCGAAUCAUGUGCGAGUUUUUAAAUCUAAGCGCAAAACAUAUUUUCAUCUCUAUAUUAUAAUAAACGAGCAUGAACGUGAAGAUAAAAAGAUAUCAUUAUUAUAAAUCUCGUUGGUUGUCUUAAAACAUAAUUUUACCGAACAUCAUAUAAUCUUCCUCGCAAAUCCAUGACUGGUAAUCAAUAGUGGCGGUCGAGGGUUCACGUCAAUCAGUUUGUUUAUUUUUUUUUUAUUCAUAAUUUUCGGAAGAUCAAGUCUCGAUAAAAUGACAAACUUAUACUAUGAGAUUCGUUAAAAAAAGUCGCGUGCAAUAUAUAUAUAGAAGAUUGAUAAAAAUUACAAAAUGUUUUAUAAUUAGUACAUUAUUAGAUUAUAUAUAUAUAUAAUUUGUAUAACAUUGUAAAAAAACUAUGAAUGAAAAAUAUACAUCACAUCGACAUACAUACAAUAUAAAUUAUAAAAUCUGCAUAUAUUACAUAUACAUUUAAAAAAAAAGACAAAAGAUCUGUUAACGACACCAUACAAUAAAUUGUUACACCGACAAUAAUUUAUAUUUCUAGAUGUGUUUUACGUCGGUGCGCCAGUGCUAUUAAAGCGUUGAUUAAAUUUUGUAGCAAAGUACAUAUUAUAUAGAAUUUAUAGAUUAAGAAAAACAUGAUUCUUUUAUAACAGCUUUUGAAAUAUUAAUCACAGGAAUGAAAAGAGAGAAAAUGUAAAACGCCCUUACUUUUUUUACAUUAACUUAUGAUUCAGCAAUAAUUACACGAUAAAAGAACCUAACAGUAAAAUAUUCAAAUCCUGUCGCGUAUUGUAAAAUAAUAAUAAUCGUAGAAAAGGGAAAAAGAUAAUAAUAUAAUAAAAUUCCAUUAUGCACAAUAAAUCAAGAAGUAAAAGAAAAACUGAUAGCGCCGUGUUCUCUCGACCAAUACUAGCCAAAAUAUGUGACUAAUAUAUAUAAUUUAAGAAAAAAAGGAGGAAUAUAAUAAGGACUUAGAAACAUGGGGAAAGGGGGGAUUUACACACUACAAUUGAAUAUAAAAAAUAUUCUUACUUCCCUGAAAAAAAUAAGACAUAAAUGGAGAGUAAGAAAAAAAUUUGAGCUUGUAUGGCUACAAAUAAUGCAACCUAUGUAUCUCUCGUAAAUGUUUAUAGCCAUUUGUAAUUAAUUCAAAUUUUAUAUGUACAAUUGUAUAUAAAGCUUUAUAAAGAUCGGUAAUAUCUCACUGAUCAUUAUAAAGCGAUAUUUAAAUCAUAUUUAGAGCUGCUCUUUCCAUUGUUAAUAUUAUAAAACGCAUUUCGCAAAACACACUUCAAAUAUUACCUGUACAGAGUAUAUACUCUAUUGAAAUAUACAUCUAACGUAAAAUUCUCAAAAUAAGUAAACAUACUUCUACAACUACAAAUCAUUAAUGUGUGAUUUAGAUUUCAAUUAAUAACAUACUAAGAUUAUAACAUACCUCCCAUUGGAAUCAUUUUGUAAACAUAAAAAUGACCAGCCAUGGAUUUAUAAUAUAUCAAUAUCAAUAUUAUAUAGAAAAUCUAGAAUAUUAUUCAAAAUCAAGAUUAGAAUAGGGCGCAAUUAAAUAUAAAUUCUACUAAUUAUACAAUAAUUAAUUUGCAGCUGUUAAAUAUAAGGAUAUAUCUAUCUGAUAAACAGCUAAUAUUAUACAACUACUGUCAUUGUGCCCAAAUCUACUCUCGCUCACGCGACGAUCUCAUAGCGAAAUAUCGAUGCGAAUAAUCCGUGAAUCUAAACGGAACUUAUGACGCAUGGAUACGAAAUGAUGUAACAAAGAGACAUUCACAUACAGAGAGAUGUUCUAAUCUCAAGGAUCUGAUCUUAAUGACUCGCCGAUGUUAAGAGUUAUAUAAAUCGUAACGAUAUAGAGGUAAAUAUGUAUUAUAAAAUUAAAUAAAAAAAAAAAAAAAAA